UACAUUCAUUUGUUUAUUGUAUCGAAACACGUCAGUGUCUGACGAAUGAAUUCCGUUUUUCAUUCAAUUUGAAAUUCCUACAGUAUUCAGUAUUCGAGACUUGCCGGUGUGAUAAAAAAAAAAUUAAUUUUACUCCCAUAAAUUAUCAUUGAAAUCGCAUAAAAAUGAGUGAUGACCUAAGUUUGAAUAAUGACGUGUUACUUACGGAGCAAGAGCGUGAACAGCUUCAAGCACGGGAAGUUCGUAAAAAGCCAAAUUUAUUGAUAUUUAAGUUGGCAGGGUACUUAAUUCCACUUGUUGCUGUUGCAUUUGCUGUUUUUACGAAAAACGUUCCAAACGGAAAUGGGGUGCACACGGAUGCAUCUCCGAAGCCAUUGCACACGGUAAAUAUCCCAUUCGAGAGAGCUACUUUUGGCAUGGGAUGCUUUUGGAGUUGUGAUUCGUUGUUUGGAGCACAAAAGGGGGUUUUGAGGACUCGUGUUGGGUAUUCCGGAGGGAAAAGUAAGAACCCGUCGUAUAGAAAUAUUGCUGAUCACACAGAAGUAAUCGAAAUCGACUUCGACCCGGAAAAAAUCUCGUACAACCAAUUGUUGACACUCUUUUGGAACAAUCAUGAAUAUGGCCUUACCACGCGAAUCAAGACGCAAUAUCAGUCGUUGAUUUUGUAUCACAACGACAAACAGAAGGAAAUUGCCGAAGCAAGCAAGGAGAAAGAACAACAGAAACGUGCCCCCGAGCAAAUCAUCACACGGAUAGAGAAAGCAGGCACUUUUUACCCAGCUGAAGAUUAUCAUCAAAAAUACCGUCUCCAACAUCACAAAGAACUCGCAUCACAACUGAAGCUCAAUCCGCAACUUCUUCAAUCCUCACACGUUGCUGCUCGUUUAAACGGAUAUUUAGUUGGCGUUGGAGGCGUGAAGCAAUUCGAUGAGGAAGCCGAAAGUUUGGGACUCACAAAGCAACAAAUCGAGUAUGUGCGAAAAUAUGUCGUCGAUAACGAAGGCGGAGGCCUCACUUGCUGAUCUUACAUGGGAAAAAUGUGCAAAUUUCGUCGAUCAACCAAUAAAGUUCGUCCAGUUAAAAAAUAAAACGUGAAGCCUAACGAAGUUUAUCGCAGCUUUUGAUGUCGCUUUUUACAAAAAAAAAAAAAUAAAAUAAAAAUAAAACACCGAAUGUUAACAAGAAAUUUCUAAAGAUAUUUUAGAGACGAGAUUUUUUCUACAAUUCUACUUUUAGCAUUUAUUUAUCAGAAAAUUUUUUAUUUUUUUUUGACGGAAUCGAAGAUUUUUACCAAGAAUUAGUUUUAAGACACAAGAUUUUAUUAUAAUUAAUUCUUAAAAAAAAAGUUUAGGUGAACAUAAUCGUAG